AUGGAAUGUUAUGUUUGUACAACAAUAAAUGCAGAAGAAUUUCUAAAUGGUGUUCAGGACCAGAAAUGGAACAAAUGGCUUCAAAAUAUGCGUUCUGCGUCGCAACUAAAACAAUGUGCAGACAAAUUUGAUGUAAGCAUUUUUGAUAUUUACUGA